AGCUGCCCCCCGGUCCCGUCGUCAGGCGGGAAUGGCCGGUGUGUGCCGGGACGGGCACCGGUGAGGAGCAGGGGUGGGUCAGAUGUAAACAGACACGGGCGUGAGUGUGAACAUAAAUAUAUAAAUAGCGCCGCCCCGAAGCUGACGGCGGGCGGGGAGAGGCGCUCCGGCGCGAGUCGAUGCCCGUCCGCGCUCUCCCGGGACGGGAACGCGGCUCUGGGAAAGAGGAGAAUGCAGCGAAUUCUGCUCUGAGGGUUUCAGUAGGGGCUCAGGAGCGCCGAGACGUUGGUUUGGGAAGAAGAAAAAAAAUCAAGUAUUGGGUACCAAAUUUGCACAUAUGAGCAGAGCGCCUUUUCUGCCAGAAGGGCAGCUCCGCGCGCCGAUCCGCUGUCGGGUUAAAUGAAGCGCAGAAACGCUGCUGCCGGCGGGGCCCGUGGCGCGGGGCCGGGGGCUGAGGAGCGCCUCGCGCAGGGGGACGCGCGCCCGGAGCGCCGCCGCACCCGCACGGGCCUCCCCUGCUUCGCCCGCGCGCCCUCGGGGGCGGGCCCGGCUCCCCCGGGGCUGUGCCCCGGCCCGGGGCUGUCCCCCGGCCCGCUCUGCUCCCCGCACCGGGCCGUGGCGGCUCGGCGUGGACCCGCGGUGGUACGGCGAGGGGUUGGGGCUGGUUCCCGUUAAGCGAGCGCUGGGGGAGGGGACGGCGUUUUCCAGUACUGUUUGGUAGCCGAUUAUGCCUAUUUUACUGCUUUAAAAAUACAUCCCGUUGGGAGGAAUGCACGGUGUUUGUUUACCGCAUCUCUAGGACGUGGUGAUGUUUGCGUUUGAUACGCUGUGUCUUACGAACCCGAAAGACUGGAGUCGUUUGAAGAUUAUGUAAAAAUAAAGGUGCAGAUGCCCUUUAAAAAGAGUAAUAAUGGGACCGGGCAUUCAAGAAUAUCCCUUAUUACUGCACAGAGAGACACAGAAAAAGGAAAGCCAAAUCAAUGGAAACCACAAAGGAAUGUUACAGUAAUGGAAAAAGCCAUCCGAGCACCAAAGGACUAAAUAAACCAAUUUCUCAUGUGAAAUCUUCUCCUGGAAGAUUAGGCAAAAAUGUAUCAAGUGCCAUUGAAAAGACUUCCCAUGACACUCAAGAUGGUAACCAACCACGCAUUUUUAAGAAGGGACGAAACCAGCUGGAUGACAACACUCAGUCAAAAAGGAUCACGAGUGUUUGCACAUCGCUGCACAGAGUACAAGGACCAAAGAGGAGCCUCCCAGAAAGAAGGCAAAAUGAAUCUUUUCUGCACAGGACCCCUCCUAGCAUAACGGGCAGCGCACAAGGUAGCUUCUGUAGGGUUACAGAUGUCCCAGUGCAACAUUUCUAUCGCAGUAAAAAAGAACAGUUGGAAAAGAAUCAUGAAGAACAUGUUGCUGAAGCUGGUCCAUGCUCUUCUAAAUGGCAAGAAGCAUCUGUAGAUGAAAUGUUUCUUGAUUUUGAAUCAGUGCAGAUUAUUAAAGAAGAUGCUGAAGAUGACAGUGCCAGUGAUCUCUCUGAUUCGGAAAGGAUUCCCAUUCCCCCGUCUCCCUGCACACCACCAGAACUCAUUCUCAGAGCUGAAGAAAUCGAUCCAGUUUGUUUGGAACACGUCCCUGAUACGGGUUUUAAAGAAUCAGAGUAUUACUACCCAGACUUCCUCCCACCCCCUUUCAACUCCUGGGACUUGAAGCAACUGGCCAUCUUUGUUAAUGUAGAGGGUAAAACUGAAUUUCGACCAAAGCCAACGGGAUUUCUUGAGAAAUACAUUGAUCGCCUUUUGCAGCUGGAAUGGCUGCAAAUGCAGACUGUACAGAAUGAGAAGGGAAAGGCAGCCAAAGCCCGGCCACAGACUGCUCCCGGCUCCAUCCGUACCCUAAAAAGCCCCGGCAAAGGCAAAACAUUGCUUAGCCCUUUACCUAACAAGCAAGCGGUUCCCCAAGAAAGCGUUACAAAGCUGCCCAGAAGCUAUUGGGGUCACAGGGGAGAUUCAUGCUGUGAAGAAAGUCGCCAGUUAUACUCUCAGCCAGGUCACUUGAAACUUUCUGAUAGAACGGGACGCAUGCUUCCUUCUCAGAGACAAUCUGGUGAAGUAAGGAGUGAACUGAAAAAAAGCCCAGCCGCAAGGCAACAGCUUCUCAACAUGCAGCCCUCCGAGAACAGUUCUAAAAUUCAAAGCGUUGGUAAUAUCAGACCCCCUAAGCAACCCCCAGUAUUUCAUGGUUCAGCUGCUCCCAUCAAAGGCUUAAAAACAUACGCGUGUACAAAUCCAAAGAAAAAUGGCAAUGCCAACAAUUACGUUCCUUCUAAAAAACCAACAGGGGACAGGAAAAUAAAAACAAACAGCACGAAGCAAACAUCACGCAAAUAUAAAUGAAGAAAAAUUAGUUAGUAAGUGUUGAUGCUUCUUGACUGCUAGAAAGCAUUUUGCCAAUGCAGAAGGUUCGUGUUUUCUUCUUAGGAAGAUCCUGAGAAAAUAUGUUCUUGCUGCAUGUUGUAAGUCAGCACUGUUCAUUUCAAUACGUGUGAUCUUAAGCCAGCAAGGCCGGCAGGAGAUCUUCUCCCUGAAGGCAAGUGUCUUCCAUUGGUCUUUCCUCAAAAAUAUUUACAAUUGCUCAACAAAGAUAACACUAGCAGAGUAUGGAAGUUUAGAGAAAUAUGUAACAUGUCCUCCUGUUGGCACCGGCUGAAGUCCGUGGUGUUUCUCGUGCUUACCUUGGGGUAUGUGAGGGAACAGGGGCCGCGCUCUUGGCCUUGAACAGGUGUGCUGUUUUGUGAGGCAGGUUUGACGGUGGUGGUUUGUGAUGGAAAAGGGCUCAACUGUUUUUAUAAAAUAGUGGAGCAUGCUUAUCUAUGCAAAGUCAAACUCUGAUUCUUCACAGAAGAUGAUGAAUUGGAUUUUUUGGAUGAAUUGGAUUUUUUGGAUGAAUUGGAUUUUUUUUAUAAGAAGAAUGGAGAUAAUGUUUUGAAAUAUUUUAAUGCAGAAAGGAUUCUUUUUAAGACAAAAAAACGUUAGGGAGCAGACAGCUUCAAUAGCAACAGAUUAAGAAAAUGGAAUGCAUAUUUUUAUACCCAGCUUUCCUUGGAGUUCAUUUUGUAAGCCUUGAUGCUUUUUGUCAUUUAGAGGAAACGACCAAAUUUCCAAUUGCACAUGGAUAUAGAUGACUAAUGCAAAAUGGGGUAUUGCUAGAGACUCUGUGGCCUAAUUUGCAGAACUGGUAGCCUCUCAAAACAUAAAAAAUAGACUUUUAGGGGAUGAAUGUAAAGGCUAUUCUAAGUUCAAGUAAAGAUAUAUUUUGAUACAAAAGAUUUCUAUUUUCGGUCACCCGAGAUGACUAUUAUUUAUCCCGUGGUUCACUUCAUUUAGCUUGGCUUCUUGUUUCACGGUUUAGUGAAGCGACGUGGGGAAAUGCCCCACAGAGAGGAACUGCACAACCAGGGCCGGGUCCUGUCCGCGGCCCCUCUGCUCCCUCUUGUGCCUGUGGGAUGCAAGAGGGCACCACGCACAGUCCAGUCAGCAUUCAAGGGUCAGCUCCUCUGUUACAAUUUCAAGUCAAUCACAGCGGCUGGGGACACACUCUCGUUCAAGAUGAAAUUCUAGAGGGUGUUUUGUACUUUCGUUUUAAAAUGAAGUACAGAGCAGCAUUAACUUCAUCCGCAGCCACCAGUGGCAGUGAACUGCUUAUGGGAAGUGAGCUGAGGUCUGACGGACCAGAUCUCUCAAGUGGAUCCUUCACGUUGUGACAGAAAAUGAAAAAGUAGCAAACACUAAAGAGUACGUUAUGUAUAUAGUAUAUAUACGUAUGCAUAUAUGUAUAUGCACUUCUCUUGUUGAUCUCAUCUUGGUUUUAAGAUGCUUAGCUGUUUCUGUUCUUUCAUGGUGCCUACCAGAUCUUCAGCUUUGUAAAAUUGCAAAGCAUGGAUUUAUAUGUAGUUUAAAAGGUGAGAAUAUUAUUAAAUGUAGUAAUAAACCAGAGUAUUUUACAGUACGUUAAAACAUUGCUCAGGAAUAGUCUAAGAAAUAUUUUCAGUGUUUUUUUCCUAGUCUACUGGAGACCAAAUGUGAAAUUUUAAACUGAUAAAGGAAACAAUGUAAUAUACAGUAUUAUAUUUCCAUAUUCAGUAUUUAUGAGGUCACAGUUAAAAUGAGUUGUAGUUGCAUGUACAUCCAUCUCUAUGCAAUUAAAGUGAAACUUAAUCUGACAUGCUCAAAGGUCAAAUAAAUUGGCUGUGUCAGAGGUGUGGUGAAACUUAGAGGACGGCAUUCAACACCAGCAACUGCCGAGGACCAGCACGUUCUACUGUUGCUAUUUUAUCCUUUUGUUUUGUUUCAGACUCGUGAUUGUAUUUCAGCAUUUUUUAGACAAAAGGUUCUUGCAUCCAGUGCUAGGAUUUCAAGCUCUGGCCAAAUUCUACAAGCCUUCAUUAGUCAAGUUUUCCUGGUUCGCGUUAAUGGUAGUGCAAGUCAGUAGGACUGCUCUUGCCAAUAAGCGCUGCUUUAGUGCACGAUUUGAGCACGCUGCUUUAGUGCACGAUUUGAGCACGCUGCUUUAGUGCACUACUGUAGGCACCUAACGCAAGGUGAGCAGGAUCAAGUCAAUAAUCAGAAUAGCAGUGUUUUAAAACUAAUUCUGUUAGAUGCAGUAAUUAAUUUAGCAUGUUAUAUAGCACUGAAUGCUAGCGUGUGCUGAAUUUUCUUCUGAAAUGUUACUCUACAUUGGUGCUUUCCUGGGUUACCGGGAGGGCGGGCAUGUAGAUACAGGCACAUGUUGCAUGAGCACUUCUUAAAUAAACAGUGUUUCAGUCAGCUUUGAACAGAGCAAAGGUGAUGGGCACGGAGGAAAGUUCCUUCCCACAGACCUAAGAAAGUUUUGUUUUAAUGUAGUGCUUGUGAUCUGAUGGAGAUGAACCUGAUGUUGGAGACUAAAAAGUUCAGCAGGUGGAGACGGUGAUGGCACUUAAACUAAGCCUGAAUGCUUGUUCCUCGCUACGCUCUGUCUGGGAUCUGGCCAAGGAAGUUUGUCUUGCAUGAUAAUCACACAAGUCUAACUGGUAUUCGUUGCUUUGAUACUUCUUACACAGUCUUCUUUGUUUACACACAGAAAUAGAAAGUCUGUGUUUGCUUCAAGAAGCAGACGUAGCGUGAGCAGACCUGCAAGGGCUGGAUUUUAUCCCGCAGCACUUCUGCUUCUGUUUUAACUUGACUGUUCUGGGCCUACAGAGAAAAAGAGCUCCUGUUUAUGCAGAGGGCUGUGGCUUAUGUUUUGUUCAGUUUGUGUUGACGGAUAUUGUCUUCAGAAGCACUUCUGAAUAUAGCAGAAAAGUUUAUUCCAUCAAAUACAUUCUGUCUGGAAUUAAAAUACUUGCCCAGCACGGUGUUUGUGUGGCUGUUGACGGGGUGUUCACUGUGUUGAGCAAUAUGAUCAUACGUUCCUGUGUGUCUACGCCUAGCAUUGAAAAUGCUUCUUUGAGAACAAUUUACUGUGAUGUGAGAUAUUUAAACAAUGAUUUAUUUUUUUUCUAGAUAACUUAAAGGUUUAAUCUUCUGCAGUACUACCCACAAAACAAAUACUCACAGGUUGCAUUUUAAAUAAACAGCUGGAAUCUACUUCAGUUAUACUGGUAGCAACGCUGAACAACUCUGUUGUUUUCAAUGAAAUUACCCAGUUAUAAAGACGUGAAGAAACAGAGUUUACCCCAGUAUGUAUAAACUGGUUUUUAAUGAACAUGAAGAAUUUUAAAACAAUGUUGUUUUUCUCCUGACAUGUUUCUUUUUUCACCAUUACUUGCAUCUCUGCAGUGAAAUCCUGUGGUCAGUUAAGGUGUUACACCCCCUGCAGCCCCACAGCUUGUGCCCGCUUUCAGGUCCGUAGAGCAGUGGGGGGCUCUAGGUCCCCGUUCCGUUGGCGGGGCCGGGCUCAAGCUGCUGCAGUCACUCACCCAGAAUUUAUGCCCCAAAGAGUGGUUAUCGUCGUGCGAGUAACGUGUACUGUUCUGGGAAGAGCGGCUUCACACCCCUCGGGUGGGAGGGCCUUGAAAGGAAGACUCGGACAGUCCCUGCUGUGGGUGGGUGUCCCGGGUCCCGCGUGGCCGCUCCUUCAGGCUGAUAAGGUGGACCGGAUUGUUCUUUCCAAAUGAGAGAUGGCGCCUGCUGGUACGCGUUGGGGGUAGUGGGGUGCCGGUGCUUCUCGCGGAGGCAGGAAGGCUGGGCAGUGUUGCUUCUGAGAAGGCCGAGUUUAGAGCCAAGGGGCUGUCGAAGCAGGGGGCUCCCAUCUCCCCCGCUGCCCCCGGGUGCUGUGACCGGGGGUCCCAGCCUCGGCCCGUGCCCCUCUGCUGCUGGCCCUGCCCGGGGCGGGGGCUGUAACGCUGCGCAGGGCGGGCAGGAUUAUUUCCUUGGGCUGAGCUCCACCUUUGACUCCAGACUGCUUCAUCACGCCAUGAUGAUCCCAUCCCCGCUUUCUGGGCUUCAGUUAGUGGUGGCUGAGGUCGCUUUUACCUUGUAUUUGCUAUUAAAAGGAUCUCGUUAGAACUUGGGAGAGUAUUUUGACAGUUUUUUCAGUCAGUAUGUGAUAAUGUUUUUUGGAGCUGAUAUUAUAGUUGAAAUUUCUACAGUAUGAAAUUGCCUAUAAUGUACUACUUUUUGCCUUAUUUUAAAGGUAUUGAGCCUUUGUUUCUCCCGUUGGCAUUAAUGGGUUUUCUUCUGAAAAAGAGUGAAACAGAUCACUGUAUCUGGAAAGACUGGAACUCAAUUAACUGAGAAUUUGCAGCCCAGCUUUUGAUGUUGGUGAUCAUGUCGUCUUAUUUAUUUGCACUUUUUGUGGAUAUUUUUGCUAGUAAUUUCAUUGGAAAGUGAUCUUGUAAUUCAAAGUUGAUGUAUAUUUACUGUAUUAAAAAAGUGAGAUACUGCCUGUUA